AUGCUGCUCUCCUCCAAAUCCGCGCUUGCAUACCUCACGCUCUUCGUUGGACUGACGAAAGCUCAGCUCAACGGCACCGGCAAUUUGUUCUACUUCGUUCCUGGCACCGGCGCAUGUGGCUUCACGAACACAAGUGAUCAAUACGUCGCGUCUGUCUCUGCAGAUGUAUUCAACAACUUCCCGGGCGCGACGUCAGACCCGAAUAACAACCCGAUCUGUCAGCACAACCUGAACGUUACCUACAACGACACGACCGUGUCCGCGCAGAUCGUGGACUACUACACCAGUUCGCCGGACAAUAACGUCGGGUUCUCCCCCGCAGCGUUCGAGGAAUUCGGCCAGCCUCUGGGCGAGCUCGACAAUGUGACUUGGGCCAUUGUGUAG